CUCGCGAAAGUACCCGCAGCACCCAGAAACGUCCAAAGGCCCCGAUGAUGGGAGAAGACGUGGAGGCCUCUUGGGGAACCACGACGACUCCAGCGAUGACGCAAUAGUCAUGCAAAAUUAUACAUAUAUAUUUAAACUCCACCCGGAAGGCAGGAUCCAUCCUAUCGGCCUCUAAGUGCGCAAUAUAACUAGAGAUAGGGAAGGAAGAAAGGCCCAGAGAGUUCAAAAAAAAUUUUUUUUGAGGCGCGCCGGGUGAUGGGGGAGGAGUGGUGAUGGGUCCCUGAGCUGGAAAGUAGGGGCUCCUGGCUUAUUGCUUGGUCUCCCCUCCCACCACCACCAACCCAUACCGUUCACAGCAGAGCUUGACUCAUUUACUGUGAAACUGGUGACUAAGGGAGUUAGUUACAGCUUCAUGAACUACUGCCGCACCCCCCAACCAGCCAGAAAAGGGAGACUGUCUCUUCUGGAUGCGGCAGGUGUACCUAUGCUCCCCCUAGAGGCGACAUUCCCUGAGGCCCCCUUGCAGUCCCAGUGUCCCUCGAAGGUGUUAGGUUGUGAUCUCUGAGGAGUGACUGGCCUGAAAUCCAGGCGACAACCCCUGCCCUCCUGCCUGGGCAAAGCUUGGAAACACCCGUCUGGCCAGGUCCCAAUCACUGGCCAACAGUGCUGCUUCUAAGGAGAUAAAUUGCUUCCUUUCAUCGAUUCACAGGAGCAGAAGAUGCUGUGUUGAGAGGCACCACAGAGGUCAACCGGACCAUCUCCCUGAGAUCUCCCUGAGGUUCCCCACCCUGCAGCUGCCUUCCAGCCUCAGCACCGAUAAACUGAUUGGAAGUGGAAGUGCACCAAAGAAGCAGGAGAACUCAGGACUGCAGAUUCUGGGACGGUGUGCCAGGCUGCGAGAUGACUCCAUCCCACUCCCCAGCUCAAGAGCCCUGGAAUCCCCAGACUUCACCCACCAUCACCAAGGAUGUGGCUGGCCACCUGAGACCAUGGGUGAAUGCGCCAGGAAGUGUUGGGAGGUUCCCAAACUCCAUGCAGGGCCACUAAGUUUAACACGAGGCAGCAAGACUAGGAUGUGUUUCUACUUACUUUAGGGAGUGGAAAUCAAAUCAGUCGAAGUACUCUGUACACACAAAGAGUGACUGUGAUGAAGAAUGAGGCUUAAAGCGGAGGAGAGGAGCUGUAAUAGGAGGAAGAGGAGGAGGAGGAGGAAUGCUGCUGCUGCAUGAAGACUGACUUUGUGCUUAGCAUUAUGCUAACCAUUCACUUCUGUCAUUUAAGCCUCACAAUAAUCCUAUGAUGUGGAUGCUAUUGUUUCCAUUAUACAGAUGAAGAAACUGAGGCCUUGAGGAGUGAACUGCUUUCCUAACGUUAUACAAAUGCUAAGUGCAGAACUGGGAUCUGAAUUCCAGCAGUCUUACUCUAGAACCGAGACUGUGGAAGCUGGAGAGGCCUACCUAAGCCUUAUCUGGGCUUGGAUAGGAUGUCGUCCGUCACCGACUGGAGCACGCCAGCCCAGGUGGCCGAUGUCACACUCAUAAAGACCACCUGGCAAAUUUUCCUUGCUCUGGUUUCUCAUGAAACAACCUUUGGAUUUGGCUUCCCAUGUGAUUCACAUACAAGGAAAGAAGGCCGUGACCUGCCAACAUGACAGCUGUAUUUUUCAUCAGUAAGUUAAUAAACUGGCUGCCUGGGUUCACACACGUAUUUGUGUCUGAUGGCUUGGUUAAUGUGAGCCCACCCCAGAGCUGAAGCCCACUGUGUGCCAACUGAAUUGAGAUUCUGGACAUGCAAGAGUAGCCCCCAGCCGAGGCCUGUGUGCCAAGGAAAUUCCUCUUGGCCUCCUCUGGGUCAGCUUGGCUUGCCUUCCUCAGUGACAGCCUGGCUCUUUGGAUUCAAGCUGCCUGGUCAGACUGCGAGGGUCGUCUGCAGAAAGAAGGAAGCCACAGUGCCAGGUUCCAGUGCGCGUUCCAAGUUCCACAUUCUGUGUACAGACGCCUGGCGCCAGAGCAGAGAGGCUGGCUCUUGGCAGGGGACUGCUCAGAAAGUGGAACUGUGGAGACACUCCUGAAACUCUGCCCUAAGUCAAAGGAACCAGAGGGUCCACCAGUUCUCCCCCCGCCUCCCUUUCCAAGGGCAGCCAUGGCCCUGAGUGAUGUCGAUGUGCAGAAGCAGAUUAAGCACAUGAUGGCUUUCAUUGAGCAGGAAGCCAAUGAGAAGGCAGAAGAAAUAGAUGCCAAGGCUGAGGAAGAAUUCAACAUCGAGAAAGGACGCCUUGUGCAAACCCAGCGACUCAAGAUUAUGGAGUAUUAUGAGAAGAAAGAGAAGCAGAUAGAGCAGCAGAAGAAAAUCCAGAUGUCUACCAUGAGGAACCAGGCAAGGCUGAAAGUCCUAAGAGCCCGAGAUGACCUUAUCUCAGAGUUGCUGAAUGAUGCAAAGCUGAGACUCAGCAGGAUUGUGGCAGAUCCAAAAGUCUACCAGGGGCUGCUGGAUAAACUGGUGCUCCAAGGUCUGCUCCGACUGCUGGAGCCCGUGGUGAUUGUGCGCUGCAGGCCACAGGACCUCCUCUUGGUGGAGGCUGCAGUGCAAAAAGCCAUCCCCCAAUACACGGCAGUUUCCCACAAAUGUGUGGAAGUCCAAGUUGACCAAGUGCAACUGGCCACAAAUGCAGCUGGAGGUGUGGAGAUCUACAGUGGCGAUCAGAGAAUAAAGGUCUCUAAUACUCUAGAAAGUCGCCUGGAUCUUUUAUCCCAACAAAAGAUGCCAGAAAUACGAAAGGCCUUGUUUGGAGCCAAUGCUAACAGGAAGUUUUUUAUAUAAAGCUCUGAGAAAUAAUGUUUAUGUUGAACUGCUAAACCAUAAAAGCAUAAGUUAUUAAGGCAAAGGAAACUAGUAAUAUUUCUAACUCUUUUUUGCUCUGGUAUUAGUGUGUCCUCAUGAAAUACCCUUUGACUAGCUAAAGGCACUAUACUUUGGAAUAAAGCCUGGCUUAUUACUUA